AUGCGCGGUCACAUCGCCAUUUCACAGAUCGUCAACAUGGCGGAGAGCGCGCCUUCGGACGGCAAGCAAGCGACGGCGCCAGCUCAAGGCCCGGCGCCCCCCGACAGCGCGGACGGCACCAAGACCGGGGCAACUAAGCACGUCUCCUUCUCCGGCGACGCGGGCAAGACUUCUGACGCGGACAUGCGCGAGGCCAAUGGCAACGCCUCGGCUGACGCUGCAACCCAGCAAACUGGUGACGCGAACUCAGAGUCCAAGGCUCCAGACGCAAGCGGCGCAGCUUCGGACGUGAACAUGGAGGGCGCCUCUGAAUUCAAGACGCCGCGCCAUGCGACGCUGGAGGACGUCAGGGGGCUCAUCUUCGCAAGCAUGCUUCGGCAGGAGGAGGUCGACCUCCCUAACUUCCUGGUCCCUGAACGUCCAACACACUGGAAACUGCCGGCUCCGCCGAACCUCAAGACCAACGCGCAUCUCGUGGGAGUCCCUGGGAUCAUGAACAACAUUCGUGGGGGCGCGUUAGGCAUGGAAGGCUACGGCGGCGCGACUACGCUGCUGGACAACACCCUGAAUUCCAUCGGUAUUCGACGUGAGAUGGCUUCACUCCUGAGUCGCUUCAACAGCACAAGGCUCGCUGGGCGAGUGUUCAAGAUGACUGGUUACCUGCGUCGCGUCCUUGAAGCCUUCAGGCACAUGCGCUCCCUAGCUGAUUCCCAGCAGGGUACUUCCGCUGUCCAAGACACGGCCGAUACGCGGCGCAAGCACAAGGAAUUGAAGCGCGCCUGGAAAUUCACGUCUGACUACUGUUUUCUGGAGAUUCAAGAGGCUCUGGGUAAGGCGGAUUCCGCUGGGGACCUGCAAAAGGCUGCGUUGCAGGAGCAGAAGGCGCGAUACCAGGACGAGAUCGAUUCCCUGGAAUCCGAGAAGGCGCAGCUCAAGGCGCGCCUGGCGAACUCUGAGGCUCAGGUGCGGAUCCUGAAAUCGCGACUCGAGUCUGCUGCGGUGGAUCCCUGGAAGUUCUCUGACUUCCUGCAGGAACACACUGAAUUCACGGGCAAUUGGGAGCGUCUCCACGACCUCUUCAAGUUCUGCAUCAAGGACUCGAAGCCUCCUGAAUCCUGGGACACGGUCGUCAACGUCACGGCCAUGGACAAGCGCAAGGCGGUGGCGCCCCCGUACCCAGAGAAGAACACGCGAGUGUCUCCGUCCUCAGGGUCUGGGUCGUCCAGUCGUCCUGAAAUUCUGGAUCUCUCGGGUCCUGGCAGCAAGCCUCGCAGCGGUUCGAAAAGCGGGGGCAAAACUCAGGAUUCCAAGUAA